UUUUUUCCACCAAGUUUAACUUUCAUCUUGUUUACGAAAAUCUGACGCCGAGGAUUAGUCUUUCAUUAGUCUAAAGCAAAAACCUUCCAGAGCUUACUAGUUCUGGCUUUGCUUGUUAAUGGAGGAAUUGCAGGCUUCUCUUCAACCUCGAGGCUUAACCCUUUCAACUUUCCCCGAUAAAGGCCGUUCCCUCCUCGCUGCCAGGGAUUUCUAUCCAGGAGAAGUGAUUAUAAGCCAAGACCCAUACGUCUGCGUGCCCAACAACUCCUUAACCGAAUCAAGGUGCGAUGGAUGUUUCAGCAAAAGCAAUCUUAAGAAAUGCUCAGCUUGUCAUGUUGUUUGGUAUUGUGGGAGCUCAUGUCAGAAACUGGAAUGGAAGUUGCAUCGGUUCGAGUGUCAGUUACUCGCUAAGCUUGACAAAGAAAGGAGAAAAUCUGUUACCCCUACCAUCCGAAUGAUGGUGAAACUUUACCUUAGGAGAAAAUUGCAAAAUGAGAAUGUCAUCCCUGUUACAGCUAUGGACAAUUACAAUUUGGUGGAGGCUUUGGUUUCUCACAUGUCGGAUAUUGAUGAGAAGCAGCUAUUGUUAUAUGCGCAGAUGGCUAACCUUGUUAACUUGAUUCUUCAGCUCCCCAACAUCGACAUAAAGGAGAUUGCUGAAAACUUUUCCAAGUUUGCAUGUAAUGCGCAUACCAUUUGUGACAGUGAACUGAGAUCGCUUGGGACAGGACUGUAUCCUGUUAUUUCUAUUAUCAACCACAGCUGCUUGCCAAAUGCUGUCUUGGUAUUUGAAGGAAGGUUGGCUGUGGUACGUGCUGUACAACAUAUACCCAAAGAUUCUGAGGUAUCAAUCAGUUAUGUAGAGACUGCUGCAAGUACAAUUACUCGGCAAAAGACUCUCAAAGAACAGUACCUUUUCACUUGUACAUGUGUUCGCUGUAACAAACUGGGUCAGUAUGAUGAUAUCCAAGAAAGUGCAAUUCUAGAAGGCUAUCGGUGCAGGGACAACGGAUGCAGUGGCUUCUUGCUUAGAGAAUCAGAUGAAAAAGGAUUUGUUUGCCAACAAUGUGGCCUCAUUAGAAACAAGGAAGAGAUAAGAAAGAUUGCUAGUGAUAUAAAAGCAUUGUCGGACAAGGCUCUUAAGUGUAGUUCCUCGGGCAAUCUUCAGGAAGCCAUUGUUUUGUAUAAAAAUAUUGAAAAGCUCCAGAAGGAAGUGUGCCAUCCUUUUUCAAUCAUUUUGAUGAGAACUCGGGAAAAACUUCUUGAGAUAUUAAUGCAGCUGGAAGAAUGGAAAGAAGCUUUGGCAAUUUGCAGAUUGACGAUUCCGGUGUAUGAAAGGGUUUAUCCAGGAUUUCAUCCUUUGCUUGGAUUACAAUACUACAGUUGUGGAAAGCUUGAAUGGUUGCUAGGGGAGACAGAUGAUGCUAUCAAGUCGUUCACCAAGGCGGUUGACAUACUGCGAAUCACUCAUGGGACAAGUACACCAUUUAUGAAAGAACUGUUGAUGAAGUUGGAGGAAGCUCGUGCUGAAGCGUCGUUCAAGCUCUCAUCAAGAGAGGACUCAUAUAUUACGUUGUGAAUGUUAUUGGCAUUGUCUUCAAUGUGAAGCUUACAGGCUUGCAUCAAGGAAUGACUCAAUUGUGCUCUUCAAUAUCCGGAAGCCAAGAGCUUGGUUUCUCUCGGGUUCAUUGGAGAUUUUUCAGCUUAAAUGAGAAAAGGAUUAUGUAUCGACUGAAAAAUAUCAGUAUUAGCUAAUGUUGUAAGAAUUGGAUCGGACUGUGAUUAAACGGUGGUCUAAUUGGUGUAUUACACUAUAUGAAACCACCCACUUAGAUAAAGACCUGUUUUCGUCUUCUUUUUUCAUUUUUUAUUUUAAAAAUGAUAAAAUUUGAGUUUUCAAUA